GCUUCAAAGUGAUAUCGGAACUCUCAAGAAAGAGAUUCAGUCUCUGAAAGAAGAAAACGCAAAGCUAAAAAGCGAAUCGGCAAGCUGUGUAUGUGGAAACCCAUUACAGAAUCAAACAAACAAACAAAUGGGAGGACUCAUGUGCGCAAAUUUCGCUGCCGAGCAAAAAACAAAACCAUGUGCACAUUCCGGCAAAAACGUGGCAGAAAGCGAAACAUGUGGAAAUUCCGUAAACUCACGCGUGCAAACUCCGUUACUGAGAAGUAAACAAACCUGUGUAAGUUCGUAUGUGCAAAUCCCAGUGAAAACAGUGGCGGAAAACGAAUCGUGCGGUAAAUCUAAUAGUAAAUAUAACUGGAAAACUGUGACGUAUAAGAAAAAAGAUAAAUGUGAAAGCAAUCCAGCAAAACAGAUCGUCAAAAGUGAUUUCUUUGUGAUUGGCGACUCGAUAUUAAAAAAUGUGGUGGUUCCGAACUGUAAAGUCGAUGUUCGCUCUGGAAUCCGACCACAUCAGAUUGUGAAACAUUUCAGUAACAUUAGGAACACUGAAAAAUCCAACCAAAACAACAACGAUUCCAACACAAACUUUAAAGCCGUGAUAAUUCACGUAGGGACCAACUCUAUUAGAAGCAGCAGACAAGAAGAAAUCAUAAAUGAUAUUCGUAAUGUAAUUCGGUCUGCCAAAGAUUUGUAUACAAACUCCAGAAUUGUUAUCAACGGAAUUCUACAAAGAAGAUCGCUCAAGAACUUUUACAAAGUGAAGAAGACUUAUCCAAAACAUCUUGAAUGUUGCCUUCCAUCAAAAAAAGGAUAUGUUUAUGACAUGGACAUAAUGACAGUUCUAGACCAAAAAGAUAAUGAUGGGAGGAUUGUAGUGAUCAUGCGAUUUGAAAAACUGGAUUACAGAAAGAUUGCAGUAGAAGAAUGCUUCCAGACAAUAGCAACAGUGCUUUCAUUUUGUUGUGAAGAUCCUCACGUUCAAAUCUCUGGUGCAGUAUUUAUUGUGGAUAUGACAGGGUAUGGACUUCAACAUUUCCUAGUUGCAACACCAUCAAACUUAUCACUUUUCAUUAAAAUGUUCCAGGAUGGCUUUCCUUUAAGGCUGAAGGCUGUCCAUAUUGUAAAUGCACCAUCAGUUUUUGCUACUGUGUUUGCAAUUUCUAAACCAUUUUUGAAAGAAAAGAUGAGACAAAGAAUUCAUGUUCAUGGUAGAAACAUGUCUUCCUUGCAUGAAUAUGUGCCUUAUGAGAUACUACCAAAACAGUUAGGAGGAAUGGUACCUGAUUUCAACUUCAAUUCAUUCAGACACAAACUACAACAAAAUGAAAGUAUGAUCAAAGCAUGGAACAAAUAUGGAUAUGGUAUGGAACCCCAAGACAAUUUCGAAAUUGGAAUGUCAAAAUGAAUGUCAAGAUUAAAACCUUACUGUGUCUAGGUAGUACAGUCAAUGAAAACUGAAACAUUUGUGCCAUAUGUAUUAACAACAUCAUUGAAACAGGACAGAAUUUAUAUGUUAGAAACAAACCAUUUUGAACAUUAUCUCAUAUAAAUUCUUAGUCAUUAUAAAUUGCAGUAAGAAUAGAAAUGUCUCCUAUCAAAGUGUAAAAUAUAUUCAUUUUGUCUCAGGAAAUCUGUUGGAGUUAAUCUUAGUGACAUUACAUCAUAUGUCCAUUUAUUGUAUAUUUUUCAGUAUUAAAAUGCUUACUUUCCUUA